CCGUUAGAGCGGUGGUCUAUCGGCCGAGCGUGGGCGCGUGCGCUUGCGUGUCUCUCUCUCCUCGUCGAGCACCGUUCGCCAUCGCCUCUUCGGACUUUUUCUCCUCGCCGCGCGCCGCCGGUACCAGAGUUUCCAACGUUUAAAUGUGACUUCUUCGGUUGAAGUAAGAACAGCGGCCGUGUCGCGAGCUACGAGGGCCUCGUUGCGAGAACGGGGAUGCUCACGAUCGAACUUGAUAUUACCUUGGAGUAACGAGAGCACGCCCCGGUGAAAAGGUGGACGGACCGACGAUCACCUCGUUAGUUCGACGUAGAUCGCUUCGGACAGGCAGCUUUCGCUGAACGUGACGUUCUCCAUUGAAUCCGGAAAGAAAUUCGGUGAUCCAGAUGGACUGAGAAGCUAGUGCGAACGUACAAACAAUUCCUAAUGAUCCGGUGCAAGGACCGGAAGAAGACCCGAGGAAACGUGAAACAACAUUAGAGACGUGACUGAUUCGACGACCUGUGCAUCGACGCGCCGAUAAGGACUAUAAAGAUAAAUGAAGACCGAGUCGUGGGAAGUUGAUUAAAACAGACGGCGGUAGCAAGGAUCGUGCGUGGUGAACCGUGGAAGAAUGAGAGCCAGGCGUAGCGGUGUCGAUCUCGGUGAGCACGUACCCUCGCCGCGUUUCAACAGUGAACACGAUUAUACAGCGAGGUCUAGUGAAUAAACUGAUCGGUUGUGAACGAUGUCGUUGCCGCGGGGUGUCGGCCUCGGUGUGGACGUGGGCCAGUUGAUGCAGCAUCAGCAACAACAGCAGCAGCAUCACGUGCUGCCCGCCGCGUUCUUCCUGCGUGCCAGUGCCGAGAGAUACCAAAGGACACCGAAGUGCGCGAGAUGCCGGAACCACGGGGUCGUUUCCGCGUUGAAGGGCCACAAACGGUACUGCCGCUGGCGGGACUGCGUGUGUGCCAAAUGUACGCUGAUCGCAGAGAGGCAACGAGUCAUGGCUGCACAGGUCGCGUUGCGGAGACAGCAGGCUCAGGAGGAGAGCGAGGCCCGGGAGUUGGGCCUGCAGUUGCAGUACAACGCGGGCAGCUGCACCACCGGCCCUGUGUUACCCGGUGCAGCGAGCGGUACCACGCCAGCUGGUAGCCCGCCCCCGCACCCGGCCCACGUAGCGAGUCCGGCAGGAUUGGCGAUUCCGGCGGCCGCAGCAGCCGCAGCCGCCGCCGCCGCGGCUCACAUCCAAACGCAACUCCAUCAGCAGCCCGACUGCGGCCUCCUGCAGCGGAAAAGGCUCCCUCAGGACGAGUACAGACAGCCGAAAGUGGAGAAGCAGGAGUCUAUCGUCGGUGGAAUUGGCGGCACAAAGAGGUCGAGAAUCUCUGAGAGCACUACGGGAACAAUGCUUUCCACCAGCGACACCGGUAACGAAGACGACCGUGACUCCGACUCCGGUGGAGAACUUCUUGCUGACCGCCCGUUGGUUCCAACAUCGGUGGGUGUGACGGAGAACGAGACGACUCGAAAACGAGCGAACAGUCUGAACGAUUCCGAGGAAGGAAGCCCAGAACCGGGUUCUCAGAGUCCGACGCAUACGCCGCCUCUGACGCCGGCACUGACGCCCCAGAGGGAAGAUACGCCAGCGCCGGAGAACCUCAGCCUCCGCAAGACCGGAAGUCCUCAACAGACGCAGCAGACUCUGCAACCGGUCGACCUGGUGCAACCCAGACCCAGCCCUCCCCUACCUUCCCUAGCGGCUGCGGCCACGGUUCACUUUCCCCCCUACGCACCGCUGUACGGCCCCGCGGCAAGUUCCCUCUACUGUUCCCCAGCACUGUACCAGCACCAGCAUCACCACCACAUUCCAGAGCCACGCGAGAUCCAAAUGCAGAUGCAGAUGCAGAACAUUCAACAGACCUGCGGUCUCCAACAAUUGCAACAGCAGCAACAACAACAACAACAGCAACAGCAGCAGCAACAGCAACGAUCGCCGGUGGACGUUCUGUUGCGAGUGUUUCCAGGAAGACGUCGAGCCGACGUGGAAGCUUUGCUGCAUCGGUGCAAAGGCGACGUGGUCUCCGCGAUGGAGGUGCUGGUGUGCGAGGACAGUUUGCAGCCGAAAUCUGCGUUCUCACCCCUGGCAGGCGCGUUGGCGUCGGCGGCCGCGGCCUCGGCGUCGGUCUCGGCGGCGUACGCGAGCCGCGCCGCUUACUGCACCACGCCGAUACCUUCGACCCGACACAGGUUCCUUGCUGCGCCUUACGCUGGUACCGGUUACCUGCCCACGGUCAUCAAGCCACCCAAUCAGAGUCUGCACGCGAACGGGACGGGAGACGCCUAUCGGGAAACCAGCCCUGACGACGCCAGCGACAAGACCAGCUACUCCGAGUGACCGGACCACGGCCAGCUGGCCACCUGGUCUUACCUGCAAUAGCUGGGAAAUGGCGAACCUCCGCGCGACGAAUCGGAAGCCAAUUUCACGAAGAUCGAGGUCGUUGGGUCGGAACGAUCUUCUCAAAGGGAAUGAGACAAAUCCUAUUCAACGUUUUGGAAUUUCUAUACUACAUGUAGAUGAUUCGAGGUCGUCGCGGUGGAACGAUGGUACCAAGCAAUUUCAUCGAGUCGACGUGCAUUGUUGAAGACUGAUAGAAAAAUUGCCAAGCGUCAAAACGCAAUGCGAAAUGCAGAAAGAAAACCUUCGCAUUAUGCCAUGGGACAGAUCGAAAGAUGUAAUUGAAGAUCAUCGGAUUGAAACGAACGAUUUCCUCGAAUCUUCAAACUUCCACAUAUACGAUUCGAGGUCGUGGCACGGAGCAAUUUUGAGAGGUCGACGGUGCAUCGUUGAAGAACUGUGGUACCGAUAGCGAAAUUACAAGAAUAAGGAGUUCUCGUUCUGCCUAUUUAUCUACCAGUUAAAAGCCUUUGUAUACGCGUCUUCCGAAGAGAGAAGCCGCAGACGUAGCUCGAGAGAUGAUGUUUCUUCAAAGAAAAUUAACUACGGGAUGUUCUUAGAUACUUGGAGACCAUUAGGGAAUCUGUUGCAAGUGUAGUGAACGGUAAAAGAAACAGUGUGGCCAGUAGUUGGACGGGACUUUCCGUAUCGACCAACGAAACUGAUUACCGUUGAACGAAAAGAGUGAAACUGUUUGACGGACCUUGUUGCAACGAUAUCUUUAUACAUGUGUAGAUAAAUUUCAAGUAUGUGUGUGUAGGUAAUAAAAGCAAACAAAUCGUAAAUCGGUAAACCCUGAAGGGACGUGUAAAUACGCGUGAAUCUCGCUUCGCCUAAUAAUCUAAUCGCAGUUAACCCGGGAACCCAACCAAGUACUCUACGUUCUAGCCGACGACGUUACGUUAUAAAAAGUAUACGCCUGAACAGGUGAACGAGUCCAAGUGUUUCUGGGUACAGGGCGCAUUAUUAAUUAUUAUAUAAUACACGAAACACGAUUAUGCAUAAGUGUUCGCCUGUAAGUAUCACGGCCAGGAAGAUGUUAGAUCCGGCGGCGACCGGAACCGUCGCUCUUUGUAGUUACCAUGAUAUGUUAUCCGAGCAAAUGUAUAGACGGAUUAUGAGA